ACAUCUCAGAUACUUGAGAAUUGCAAAAUCUCUCUGCCGUGUGUGUCCAUGUCCACAGCAAGGAUGACGGAAAAGAACUACAGCACUACAUGGCCAGGAAAUAUCCUCCACUUCCUGGACCUGUGUUGCAAUACCCAGGACAAAACUGUCUCUUGAUCAUUGCUUGCCCCUCAUUCCACACGCUCUUCAUCUGGAAAGCUAGACACAGCAAAUCUGUCCUGUCUAAGAAGCUGCGUAUCUAGGAGUCUCCAAAGGAAGGACCCAAAGCCUGGCCAGCAUUGCAGAGGCAACACACACACCUUAAAGAAGACCCAGACCACAGGAAGAGGGUUUUAAGGCAGAGGGUAGGAGAACGGGGGGGGGGGAGAGAGAGAGCAGGACACCCAGCAGCUAACCAGGGCAGCCACAAUGGAGGAACACCAAGAACUGAGCAGAGGUUCCAGAACUGAGAAGACAAAGGAAGAAGAAGAAAGCACCACAAUGAGCAACCCAAAGCAUGAAAAGCUGGGUGAGAAGGCACUUGCCGCUCAGAACCCCCCUGCCUACUCUGAAAUAGAUGCCUAUACAGAGCCUGACCCACUGAAACAGCCUCCUGGGCCAGCACCCCAAGCAGGCUAUGGGUUAAUGCCAGCACCUCAUGCAGGCUAUGGGGCAAUGCCAGCACCCCAAGCAGGCUAUGGGCCAAUGCCAGCACCCCAAGCAGGCUAUGGAGCUAUGCCAGCACCCCAAGCACGCUAUGGGGCUAUGCCAGCACCUCAAGCAGGCUAUGGGGCAAUGCCUUACUAUGGCCCACCCGUUGCGGGAUCUCACCUACGCCCAGUCCUUCAACCUCCACAGGCGGUCUACGUCACACCUGUAGAGCCCACCAAUGAACCCGAUUACUUGAUCUACUCCAUCUUCACCAUGCUCUGCUGCUGCUUACCUCUUGGUAUUGUCGCCUUGGUCUACUCUAUACAGACAAGAGAAGCCAACUUCGCUGGAAAUGCCGCAUCCGCCGAGAGAAACUCCCGAAUGGCACGCCUCUUCUCUCACCUCGCUUUCGGGAUUGGGCUGGGGCUCCUUAUUUUAUAUAUCAUCAUUGUUACAAGAAAUUUUAGAUAAAAAAUGUUCAUAAAUUUACAAGGCAAACAUAUACAUGAGUAUGUAAACCACGUGUCUGAAAUAGUACAGGAGAACAAUCCUGAAACCAUUUU